AGCUGUGUCCGCAGCAACAAGAGCACGAGCUUACCUAGCUAGGUCCAGAGAAAAAACUGAUACAACGAUAGUAACAAUAACAGUAGAUAGUGUGUUACUACUGCACGGUUCGUCGCAAACAAUGGAGAAUAGCCAGAUGUGGCUUCUGUGGGGAGCCCUCUCCGUGGCGCUCUUCUUCUACUUCUCCACCCUGCGACGACGCUACGCCGGCGGCAAGCCCCUCCCCCCGGGCCCGACGCCGCUGCCGCUCAUCGGCAACCUACACUUGGUCGGCGGCGGCACGUUCCACCACAAGCUCAGGGACCUGGCACGCGUCCACGGCCCCGUCAUGACGCUCAAGCUCGGACUCGCCACCAACGUGGUCAUCUCCUCCCGGGAGGCCGCCAUCGAGGCGUACACCAAGUACGACCGCCACCUCGCCGCGCGCGCCACCCCGGACACCUUCCGCGCCUGCGGCUUCGCCGACCGCUCCAUGGUGUUCAUCCCGAGCUCCGACCCGCAGUGGAAGGCCCUGCGGGGGAUCCACGCCUCGCACGUCUUCACCCCGCGGGUGCUCGCCGCGGUGCGCCCCAUCCGCGAGAGGAAGGUGGGCGACCUCAUCGCCUACCUCCGCGCGCACGCCGGGGAGGAGGUGCUCGUCGGCCACGCCAUGUACACGGGCAUCCUCAACAUGGUGUCCUUCUCCUACUUCUCCGUCGACAUCGUCGACAUGGGCUCGCAGAUGGCCCGCGAGCUGCGGGAGGUGGUGGACGACAUCAUCUUGGUGGUCGGGAAGCCCAACGUGUCCGACUUCUACCCGUUCCUCCGGCCGCUGGACCUGCAGGGCCUGCGCCGCUGGACGACGAAGCGGUUCAACAGGGUGUUCUCCAUCAUGGGCGACAUCAUCGACCGCCGUUUGGCUCACAUCCGCGACAACAAGCCGAGGCACGACGACUUCCUCGACUCAAUCCUCGAGCUCAUGGCUGCCGGCAAGAUCGAUCGUGUCAACGUGCUCAACAUGUUGUUCGAGGCUUUCGUUGCCGGGGCUGACACCAUGGCUCUUACCUUGGAGUGGGUAAUGGCCGAGCUGCUCAAAAACCCGAGCGUGAUGGCCAAGGCGCGCGCCGAGCUGAGGGAUGUGCUCGGCGACAAGGAGAUCGUGGAGGAGGCCGACGCGGCGAGGCUGCCCUACCUGCAGGCCGUGCUGAAGGAGGCCAUGAGACUGCACCCGGUGGGCGCGCUGCUGCUGCCGCACUUCGCCAUGGAGGACGGCGUGGAGGUCGGCGGCUACGCGGUGCCCAAGGGCUCCACGGUGCUCUUCAACGCGUGGGCGAUCAUGCGCGACGCGGCGGCGUGGGAGAGGCCCGACGAGUUCGUGCCGGAGCGGUUCGUGGAGAGGACGCCGCAGCUGGACUUCAGAGGGAAGGACGUGGAGUUCAUGCCGUUCGGGUCCGGGAGGCGGCUGUGCCCUGGGCUGCCGUUGGCCGAGCGUGUCGUGCCGUUCAUUCUGGCGUCGAUGCUGCACACGUUCGAGUGGGAGCUCCCCGGCGGCAUGACGGCGGAGGAGUUGGACGUGUCCGAGAAGUUCAAGACUGCCAAUGUCCUUGCUGUGCCUCUCAAGGCUGUGCCUGUCCUGAUCAAAUAGUUGGACGACUAUAUUAUUGGCCAGAUCAAUUACCAUACUCGGCACCAGAAUUAUAUUAUUUUUAACGAAUUUGUACUAGUGCACAUUGAAUAGAGAAGAAGCAAAACUAUACAAGUAUAAGCCUACACAGGAGAAAGAAAAAAAAAUUCUAUGCUAUUGUAAAAUGUCAUAUAAUCUUUUUGCUCCGCCUGAGCCUCUUUGCCACUUCCUUGAUCUUGGUGGCCAACUUUGCCGCCGUAAGUUAUUUGUGCCUAAAGACUCUA